ACAGCUUUCUUCGCGCCUAUGCAUUCUGCUCAUUUCCCUUCAUUCACAAUUCACAGAGACCCUUCUUCGAUAGCUCACCUUUGGAUCUUUGUUACGCUUGACCUCUCGCGUCGACUGACAUAUCAGCCCGCGAAAAAAUGUCUCAAAGACUCCUUCGACCCUUGCUGCGCGGCGGCAGCAGCAGCAGCAGCAGCAUCGCGACCACCUCCUCAUCAGCCUCUUCGCACGUUGCAAGAUCCGCAAGUCGCUAUACAAUUCACUCGAGCGCUAUCAGAAAACAGAAUGAGGGUCACCCAGCCGCUGCCUCUGCUACCGCGCCUCAAAUAGGCUCAACGGACCUGGCGAUCGAUCUGGAUCCUUUUGUUCAGCAACAGCAGCAGCAGCAAGUCUUUGCGAAUUCGCUCGCAUUGCAGAACAGAACGACUGCAGCACUGGGACCAUUGGAAGAAUCUCGGCACGUGCACGUCAUCAUGUCUGCCCUGCACCCAUCCACCAAGCCCUCCUCUCAGAGCCUAGUGCCUCUCUCUACGCACGUCUUUGGCAGCACACCACGACGAGACUUGCUUCACUCCGCCGUAGUGUGGUACUUGGAUGGACUGCGUCGAGGAGGAGGAAGCACAAAGACGCGAUCGGAGGUGUCGGGUAGCGGAAGAAAAUUGAGACCUCAAAAGGGGACUGGAAGAGCACGACUGGGUGAUCGAGGAAAUCCGAUGCUUCGAGGAGGAGGCGUAGCUCACGGACCCAAACCUAGAGAUUUCUCCAGCAAGCUGAACAGAAGAGUCAGGGAGAUGGCGUUGAGGAGCGCAUUGAGCUUGAGAUGGAGAGCGGGAGAUCUGUUCGUCGUUCCCAGCUUGGAAUGGGAUGCUCCGCCGCGCAUCACUGGGGAACUUAGGAGAUUGCUAGGCAGCAAACAGUGGAGCGAUGCGCUCUUCUUGACUGCGCCGCGCGAACCUCUCAGCUUGGGUUCGGCUAGAGCACCCAAUCAAAAACCAAGCGCGGUGGAGCCGCAGUACGAUGCGGCAAACAUCGAAGCGCAUCGAGAGAUCACUCGUCACUUUCAAUUGGCCUCUUCCAACAUUCCCAAGGUUUCGCUGAUACAUCUACACGAAUUGGGCGAGAAGAAGAGAGCAGGUGCAAAGAGAGGAACGAGGGAAGCGAAGGAACCGGGAGAAUUGCACGCUUACGAGAUUCUAAAGAGGAAGAGGUUGAUAUUGGACCUUGGAGCGCUGGAAUGGAUCGAAGAGUGUUUGGGAGGAAGCAUUUUCCACGCGAAUGAUUUGGAGGAGACGCAAGUGAUGCUGCGCGAGGAGGAGGAGCAGGAUGGUCGGGCUGCGGCGAUGGGGGCUGCUGCUGCUGCUGAGGAGCUGCUGCUGCACUCGGAGUCGGUCGUGGUGGAGGAAGGAGAGCAAGAGCAAGGGGAAGAGUUGGAGGAGGAAGCGGACCGAUUUUUGAACGAAGCGGGCGUAGACUCGUUGGGACACGAUGCGAAUGCUGAGCUGGACAAGAAGGAGACAAAGUAAAAGAGGGGGGGAUUGGGUCUGAAGGAUAAAUAUGUACACAUUGCCCCCCCUCCCCAGAAACACGAUGCGUCUUUUGCGCGGCUCGAUGCGAAUCCAAUCGGUUUAGAGGGCGCUCCGUCGUCAUGCAAUGCAAUGAAUGCGUCGAG